GCAAACCUAAAGAUUUCUGGAUUCGCUUAGCUUCAAGCUUACAAAGUAAAUACUCUCUCUAAAGAACGCUCUGAGCAGAGCAAAUCAUUAAAAUCACAAGCAACAACCAGUAGAAAAACGCUAAAACGCGUCUGAAAGUGUCGUUUUGAUUGGAAAGGGGCAAGGCUACGAUAUCAAUCUAAGAAGUUUCUCUCAGUCCGACUUAUCGAGCCAAACGAUUCUGAGAUUGUUGAGAAAACUAUCAAUCAGUCUCUGAAUAAAUUACAAGGAAUGGGAGCUUAUGAUCAAGGUUCUAACGAGGUUGCUCUGACCUUGGAUUCUACAAGGAAGAGGAAGACACGGAGUAGGCGGGAUGGAACCUCUGUGGCAGAGACUCUAGAAAAGUGGAAGGAAUAUAACAAACAACUCGAAUCUGACAAUAAUGACGGGAAAACACGUAAAGUCCCGGCCAAGGGAUCAAAGAAAGGUUGUAUGAAAGGCAAGGGAGGGCCCGAUAAUUCACGCUGCAAUUACAGAGGUGUGAGGCAGAGGACAUGGGGCAAGUGGGUUGCGGAAAUUCGGGAGCCCAACAGGGGAAGCAGACUCUGGUUAGGGACUUUUCCAACUGCCCUUGAUGCUGCUCUUGCCUACGAUGAAGCUGCCAAGGCUAUGUAUGGUCCGGCUGCUCGCCUCAACCUCCCGAAUGUGGCCAAUUAUUCUUCUUGGAAGGAAUCUUCACAGGAGACUUCCUCGGCCACAACUCCAUCAGGGUCUUCUGCAGUGGCAACUCCAGGAUGCUCUGGAUCCACUACAUCAUCAAAUCACUCUGAGGUUUGUGCAGAUGAGGAUUCCAAGGGUUUCCUUGAUGUGAAAACUGAGAAUGGUGAAGGCGAAUCAGCAAUUCAUGCUUGGUCCAAUGCAGUCAAUCAAGCCCUGGUGAAGGAAGAAACAAAGGAUGAGUUUACUCAGGGUUACUUUCACAGUGAUCAACCGGCCGUCAAACCAGAAGCAUAUGUUGGGGAUUUUAAUUGGGCUGGUGGACCGUAUGCUGGGAAUUAUUUGGAGAACUUUACAGAGGAGGAGGUGUUUGAUGUGGAUGAGCUAUUGAGUCCUUUAGAUGAUACUCCCGUUCGAAAUCCUGAGCCAGAACAAGGUUUAGGAUCUGAUGUUGGUCAGCCUGGGUGCUCGGGCAUGCACCCUUAUGAGUGUGAUAGGCCAUCGAACAUGUCGUACCAGCUGCAGUAUCCAGAUGCCAAGCUGCUUGGGAGUCUGAACCACAUGGAGCAGGGCCCUUCGGGUGGCGAAUACAAUUUUGAUUUCUUGAAGAGGGAUGAUGUUAUUGGCGAAGAUGAUCAAGGAUACUACAAUCUGGGAUUGUCUGACCUAGGCUUGGGAGAUUUCACUGGAGGAACGAUGCAACCGGAAGAAGGAAGUUAUAACUAUUCGAUGGAUAUGUGAAGGCUAAAUUUUGAAAGGGGGUCUAGUGGAGUGUAGUUUGAAGAACAUCAAUGUGGUUGUUUCCUCUUGCUUAUUACCUUUUAAUUUUGGAGCGGACCCCAUGAAUGUGCUAGUUCUCUAUAGGUUUUAGAUUGGAGAAUUUGGCAGCGAAGACAAUUUUCCCUUGUCAUGUCUGGUCAUUUUGUGUUCAGCAGGGUGGUGGGUUGACAGCCAACUUUUGUGCUUCUUGAUAAUUCUAUAUUACUGAAUUAACAAAUUCUUUUAUUGUAGAUAUGAGAAAUGAAGUAUAAUUGAAAUAUAGUGUCUUGAAUUUCA